ACUCCCUCCUCUGACGGGACACUUAUAAGGGAAGUUUGAUAAGUUGGGCUCAGUUUCUCGUCUGGUCCCAAACUUGGAUGCCGACCUCUCCUCCAAUUAACUUGACGGAAAGAGUCCCCGCCGGCCUCCCUGUUAACUUUCCAGCCAAGGCUCCUUGACGAUGGGUGAUUGGAGUGCUCUUGGUCGUUUGUUGGAUAAGGUCCAGGCCUACUCCACCGCUGGGGGGAAGGUCUGGCUAUCUGUCCUCUUCAUCUUCAGAAUCCUGGUCCUGGGCACAGCAGUAGAAUCUGCCUGGGGAGAUGAGCAGUCUGCCUUCAAAUGUAACACCCAACAGCCCGGUUGCGAGAACGUCUGCUAUGACAAAUCCUUCCCCAUCUCACACGUCAGAUUCUGGGUCCUCCAGAUCAUCUUCGUAUCAACCCCUACACUACUUUAUCUGGCUCAUGUCUUUUAUCUGAACAGGAAGGAACAGAAACUGAACAGGAAGGAGGAAGUGCUCAAAGUUGUACAAAAUGACGGGGGUGAUGUUGAACUCCCUCUGAAGAAAAUUGAAAUGAAAAAGCUCAAGUAUGGUAUCGAUGAGCAUGGCAAAGUAAAGAUGAAGGGGGCACUGCUCAGAACCUAUAUAGUCAGCAUUUUUUUCAAGUCCAUGUUUGAAGUGGGCUUUCUUGUGAUCCAGUGGUACAUUUACGGCUUCAGCCUGUCAGCGGUCUAUACCUGUGAGAGGUCUCCGUGCCCACACAGGGUGGACUGUUUCCUGUCCCGUCCCACAGAAAAGACCGUCUUCAUUAUCUUCAUGCUGGUGGUUUCGCUGGUGUCCCUGUUGCUUAACGUCAUCGAGCUCUUCUAUGUGUUUUUCAAGAGGAUCAAAGAUCGUGUGAAGGGCCAACAGCAGCCAACUCUCUACCCUAGCGGGGGCACUUUGAGCCCAACCCCCAAGGAACUCUCCACUACCAAGUACGCUUACUAUAACGGCUGCUCCUCCCCUACUGCCCCACUCUCACCGAUGUCGCCCCCAGGUUACAAGUUAGCCACCGGAGAGAGGGGGACAGGCUCGUGUCGUCAUUUUAACAAACAGGCCCAUGAGCAGAACUGGGCCAACUAUUCCACAGAGCAGAACCGCCUCGGCCAGAUUGGAGGAGGAGGGAGCACUAUUUCAAACUCCCAUGCACAAGCCUUUGACUUCCCCGACGAAACCCACGAGCAUAAGAAACUGUCCUCAUCAGCAGGACACGAGAUGCAACCUCUGGCACUAAUGGACGCCAGGCCCUGCAGCCGGGCUAGUAGCCGGAUGAGCAGCCGGGCUAGGCCGGACGACCUGGAUGUGUAAACCUGGCUGGCGGCCUGAGAAUCAGGAAGCAAUCGCUUCGGUUUAAACAGCAGUUGGGGCUAACCUCUGUUACUGUCUAUGUCAUAGAGACUCGUAGUUCAUCAGGAGACAUUAAAACUUGUUACGUAACACUGUCAAAAGGUACACGUUGCAAAUAGUUUUGGAUGACUUACCAUACGCUUAUGUCGCCUAACCUGGCCUUAACAGAGGGCACCCGUAGAAAUGGGUGAAAGGCAGAGGUGGAACACGGUGGUCAAUAUGAUUUACUUGGCUUAACUUUAUAUUUUAUAUGAAAGAAACACUCUGUAGUUAUUGCAUUUUAUACCAGUAGUGACCAAGGUUUGUCAGCCAUGUUUCCACCGAGCAGAACAGCUCACUUUGAUUCACUGUGGAUCUAUGGUUAAGUACUGUAGAGUAAACUAUGAUUUUAAUAGGCGGCUAAUCAUACAAUUGUAAUAUUGGCAUUCCUCACGACUUUGAAAGUGUACCAAACUGAAAAACCUGUUCUGCUUGGUGGACUCACAACGGUAGUGAGUUCUGAAUGUUCUGUUUCACCGUUAUAACAGCCUGACUUCUUCUCGGACGAUGACUUUAUUACUGCUGAUUGAUAAAGCCUCAUUCAGAUAUAAUCAUGUGUUCCAAACAUGAGAUGAUUAAGAGUGGAAAUGUAGACGAUGUACUGUAAAUGCCCUGUAUUUUUCCAUUAACAGCAAGCAAUCAUAUGACAAAUGUUAGGCACUUGGCUCCUCGUCUGCACGUAUCUUGGCAAAAAAAAUUGCAAAACAGGGUUUUGGGGAAAUUGUUGAAUAUUUAUUGUUUGGGAUCAGAUGGAAACCUACCGCUCAGAUAAGGAAUUGACUACUAUUCAGUAUUUCUUACUCACAGUCCUCAUUUUACAACCCCAAUUCCAAUGAAGUUGGGACGUUGUGUUAAACAUAAAUAGAAACAGAAUACAAUGAUUUGCAAAUCAUGUUCGACCUAGAUUGAAUUGAAUACACUACAAAGACAAGGUAUUUCAUGUUCAAACUGAACAGCUUCAGCCGUUCAACAGUCCGGUGUCUCUGUUGUCGUAUUUUAUGUGAUUUGGCAUUGUCUUGCUGAAAUAAGCAGGGGCGUCCAUGAAAAAGACGUUGCUUGGAUGGCAGCAUACGUUACUCCAAAACCUGUAUGUACCUUUCAGCAUUAAUGGUGCCUUCACAGAUGUGUAAGUUACCCAUGCCAUUGGCACUAACACAGCCCCAUACCAUCACAGAUGCUGGCUUUUGAACUUUGCGUCCAUAACAGUCUGGACUCGUCGGACCACAGAACACUUUUCCACUUUUCAUCAGUCCAUCUUACAUGAGUUCAGGCCCAGAGAAGCCGGCGGCGUUUCUGGGUGUUGUUGAUAAAUGGCUUUCGCUUUUCAAGUUGCACUUACGGAUGUAGCGCCGAACUGUAUUUACUGACAUUGGGUUUCUGAAGUGUUCCUGAGCCCAUAUGUUUUUGACGCAGUGAUCGAAGGUCACGGGCAUUCAAGGUUGGUUUUCGGCCUCGCCGCUCACAUGCAGUGAUUUCUCCAGAUUCUCUGAACCUUUUCAUGAUAUAAUGGACCGUCGAUGAUGAAAUCCCUAAAUUCCUAGCAAAUGUACGUUGAGGAACAUUGUCCUUAAACUGUUGGACUGUUUUCUCACGCACUUGUUCACAAAGAGGUGAACCUCCCCUCCAUCUUUGCUUGUGAAUGGCUGAGCGAUUCAGGGAAGCUCCUUUUCUAGCCAAUCAUGGCACCCACCUGUUCCCAAUGAGCCUGCUCACCUGUGGGAUGUUCCAAACAGGUGUUUGAUGAGCAUUCCGCAACCUUUUUUGCCACCCGUCCCAGCUUCUUUGGAACGUGUUGCAGCCAUCAAAUUCCAAGUUAAUGAAUAUUUGCUAGAAACCAUCACGUUUAUCAGUUUGAACAUGAAAUAUCUUGUCUUUGUCGUGCGUUCAAUGAAAUAUAGGUUGAACCUGCUUUGCAAAUCAUUGUAUUCUGUGUUUAUUUAUGUUUAACACGACGUCGCAACUUCAUUGGAAUUGGGGUUGCACUUCAAAUCCCCACAAGCUGUAUAUUUAUUGGCCAUUUCCACAGUUAGUCUGGAUUGUUUUUUUUUUGUCCUGAUAAACUUUGAAUUUAUGUGGUGUUUCAUUCUGUGGAUUUAUCUGUCUUUUCUUAAAGGAACGAGUGGCAGGAUUGACAGCUCAGGCUGUUGUCACAGCAGUGUUCAUAUGUGAGUUGUAUCGGUGGGUAAAGUCAUUGAUUCCUUUUUCAUAUUUUGUGGGAGGUAGGGAGACAGCAGAAAGAUGAUUUUUUUUUUUCUUACAUAUUUGAGUGAAUGAUUUUGUUAGCGUUUUUCGUCUCUCAGACUCGCUGUCGGCGUCGCUGCUUGAGGAAUAGUUAGUAGUGUAAAUCAAGCUAACUGUCGCAAUGAAAAUGUGAGUUUUUAGAAGACUUAUUAUAGAGCUAGACUAAUAUUUAGUCAGUUAUAUUAAAACACAUGUCAAUGUAGCUCCACAACUACAAAACAUUAGAAUCUCAAUUUGUGCUUUACAAAUAAGUCAAUGCAUCGUUCUGUCGGUACUUACAUGUUAUGGAUCUUUCAGCUACAACGGCAUUUGCACUGAGAUCUACUGUAGGUAAAUGUAUGUUAAUAUGAUGCAUCCACAACAUGAGAAGAGUUCUCUUAUAUAAAUGUUCCUAAUUUAAUUUAUAAAACAGAAAUCACUACAGUGCAUAAUAUGAGACAUCCGACUGCUCGUUUAUUUGUUAAUAAUCCACUGACAGAAGAGGAGCAAUAGUCAUUUUUUUUUUACAGUAGUUCAGACAAUGCUAGUCCAUGUACAGUGUACGUGCAUGAUGGCAAAGCAAACACUCAUUCGUUGUAUCUGUGAAAAAUAUUCUAACCAAUAAAUGUUUCUGCAUUCUUAA